GAGCACAGUUUAUUUACUUCCUCUCCAUUCAUAGUAUUUAUGACUUACAGCAAAUUAAUUCAAAACAGAUUAUAAAGUGGCAACUCUAUAGAGAUAAAAAGUCUUGAGAUAAAAGAGUACCCAAAUCUGUUAAGAAUACAAAAGUAUAUAAAAUAGUAAUGAUAUACUGUAAAAGUUCACUUUAAAAUCUAGGAAAAUAGGUUGUUUUAAUUCACAUGUACACACAACUGGGCUCCAUCCUGGGCAAUCUUCUUUAUUCUACACAUUAUAUCAUUUAGAGGAGGAUUAAUCACCAUAUAUUGAUUAAAAUGCAAGACAGUGCAAAAGGAAGAAGGGAGGGAGAAGGAAAAAUACAAAUAAGGAAAUUCAAGCAGAAGCUAUAAUUGCUUAAAAUAGUCCUCUUGAAACCGUUGAGGGGAGGCAGGAGGGAGUACCAAAUGUUCAGUGGGAAAUGUUUGGGUGUAGAUAUACAUACACUGUGCAGCAAUUAUUUUUACAAUAAAGAUGGAAUUGUAACUAGAAGACUAUCGGUAAAAAUACCACAAUUCCUGUGCUUAACUUUGCCAUAAUCAUAGGAAAAAAAUGUUUUACCCUGAUGCCUCAAAGAGUUCAUUUCUCAUUGUUGAAUGAGACCAGAAACCCAUUUAGUAUGGUAUUUUUGAUAGCACUCAAUCUGAUGCUGGUUCUCUAAAUAAAGUUAUCCCACCUGAAACGAUAACACUAAAUACAUUUCAUACAAGUGUGAGCUAAAGAGGAGUGGCUACACUUUAAUAAAACGGAGCUGUCAUAUAGGAUAAUCCUAAUAGAUUUAAGCAAAUGUGCUCAGGGAUAAGUGGCUAAGAGUAAAUAAUGCUUUACCUAUAUAUAGAGCUGGCUAGGCUGAAGGGGGAGGGCUAGAUGCAGGAGCAUAGCAUAGAUUCAUUUGCCAUCCAGCGGAAAGCACUAAUCCUUGUCCAGCAGAGCCCCAGAGCAAAGUUAUUAAAUAAAAACCCCCUGCACACACUCUCCAAUUUGGAUUGGCAAUUGAUCAAGCUACACUGGUUUUGAUCCUGUGACAAGACAGCAUCUCAUUUGGAAAAAGUAAGUAGAGGUAAGAGAGAGCAACCUAGAGCAAAUGUAGCCAGUCAGAAAUGCAAUGGAGGGGGAGGGGCUUACAUGAGACAGCAAAUAGGGAAGGGGAGGCAGGAGAUAGGAGACAUCAAUUCAUGCUCCAAAGCUGUCUGAAAUCAGGGAACCUGGAAAAAUAAAGGGGCACAAUCCCUAUCCAAGGCCUCCCAGGAAAAAGCUAUUUGAAGUCCAAGAAAAGUUCUGCUGUGCCAGCUCAGCUUUUUAACUACAGUAGAAAAAUAAAACAGAUGUUUUGAAGUAACAACUUGUCCAGAAGCUGAUUGAUAGAAUAUUUCAGCCACUGUGUGGGACUUGAUCUAUGAGCUAUCUGGUGUAGGGAGGAAAGUUAUGAAUAAUCUGGGGAAUUCCACUGGUGAUGUCUAGCAAACAGUAACCUUUGCCACUGCAGUUCUGAGCCAGGAAUUCUAGCCAAGAAGGCUAGAAUAGGCAUUGUAGGCAUUAAGUCUCACGUUCUGUUCCUGCUCUUUCCGGAAAUGGACAGAGAAGGAUCUGAUCAAAUUAAUGGAAAGUUAUUGCUACUCGAUUUUAAAUAUUAAAGUAGAGCAUGAUGGAUAUUUCUGAUAUGGUCAGUUUCUGGCCUUCAGAAGGCUGCAGGAGACCAUUAGUGAUGUAGUGAAUUCCCAGCAGGUGUACAGCUGAACUGUAUGGACUUUGGGGAAAGAGAAGGUAUUUGUGGAUGUGGUUCAAAGUCAGAAUGGAGUAGGUAGCCUCUAGGACACAAUUUGCUACCAUACCUACCUGUAAAUUCCCCCAAGACUGAAAAACAUUCUAAGAUUGUGCUAUCAAAUUCCAGCAGCACAGACUUGGAAUGGUAGUAGGGAGAUGUGAAGUGUGUGAUUUUCCAUGAUACAGACAUAAUACAUCCUGGAUAUAUCUUUUUAUCAGAUCACUGGUACACGUCACUGGUAAAAGACAAGUUUUCUAAGUCAUUCUAAAAUUAAAGUGAAAUAAUUACUUUAUAUUCAUCUUACUCUAGAAAAAAGUCAGCUAAAUGAGGGUACUUUGAAUGGAUAGAAAUAGAUGCAAAUGGACCAGGAUGAUCUCCACCUAGUCUCAGUUAUUUGUAAGAAUUUCCUAAACACAGAAUUCCCUAAACAAUAUGCAUUUACAAGAGGGAUAAGGAGGAAUAAAUGACCAAAUGUGUGUCAAGAUGUUAAAAUAUACCAUGUCCAACACAAGGAUGCAAAUACAAAAAGGCCAGGAUUGCACUGUGGCAUGGUAACGCACAUAAUUUUUCUUCAGUUUGUAUCAGAUGUCUAUAUCUUCUACAUCUGAGAACCUGAAAAUAAAAACUGCAGAGGUUCUGCCAAUGAAAUGUAGAGGAUGGAAGAGUAGCAUCAUUAACAUAACACACAACACCUUGUUAGAGAUGAAGUAGUGCAAGGAAUUAGUCCAUUUCACCAGCUGUUAAGUUACCAGAAUUUUCAGAGGAGCAACAAAUGCUGUGAACUCUUGAGCAACAGUCUGGGAGUCAACACUGGCAGCCAGAGUUUCGGUCAAGAAAUGUCAAUUAUAUCAGCAAUGAACAAAACCUCCAUUUCAAGACCAAAAAGUGCAAGGCAGAACUGUGGGAAGGGUGGCAGGAAAAAAGUGGAAUUAAUCUACUGUGAGUUAAGAAUGGUCUGCAUUUUCAGGCUGACAAAAGCCAAUAAAUUAUAAAGAAUGCAAUAAAAAUUCCAAUUUAUUUGUGCUGUCAAUGUUUCUCAAACUUGGCAACUUUUAAGAUUUGUGGGCUUCAGUUACCAGAAUUCUCCAGGUGGCAUGCCGACUGGAGAAUUCUAGGGGUUGAAACCCAGACAUCUGAAAGUUGCCAGAUUUGAAAAACACAGUCCUAGAUCAGGUGUGUCAAACUCGAUUUCAUUGAGGGCCGCAUCAGGGUUGUGUUUGACCUCGGGGUAGGGGGUGGGGGGGCAUGGCCAGGGUGGACAUGGUCAGCUCGACAUCACUCCUGUCAAGGGUGCCAGUGGUGGCCCGAGCACUCUGCCAACGAAAACAGGCUCCUGAGCUCCAUUUUUGGCUGCCAGCCUCCUGCAACCCCCUGCCAGUGAAAAAAAGAGCUCAGGAGGGCCGCCUGCGUUUUCACUGGCAGAGAGUUGCAGGAGGCUAUGGCAGCUGAAAACAAAGCUUGGGAGCCCAUUUUCGCUGGCAGAAGCACCGCAGACCAGUCCUUCGCUGUUUCCAGAGCAGCCUCACAGGACAGAUCUAAAUAGACCGGGAGCCGCAUCCAGCCCCCGGUCCUUGAAUUUGAUACCUCUGUGCUAGAUCAUAUUGUAUGUCCAAGAGUCUUCAACCAAGCUCAGAUCUGUGAGUUUUAUUCAAGACUACCAAGCUAGUGUCUGAGAACUGCUGCUGAGAAUUUGUCAGUGAACUUGUCAUACUCUGAUGAUGAUGUUAUCUGUUCGGUUGAGUCAGAAUCUUGGUGAUUCUGUGGGCCAGGUCUCUCCACUUCUUCCAAUCUUGACUACUCUUUGAGUUUUUCUAUGUUCUGGCUGGUGUCAACUUUAAUGGUGUUCAGCUGUGUUCUUUGAUGGCCUAGUUUCCUUUUACCACUAAUUCUUCCACAUAUAAUUGCUUUCCCCAGUGAAUUUCCUCAUGUGACAUGGCCAAAGUAAGUCAGCCAAAAUCACAGCUUUGUGAUUUUUACCUUUGUGUGACAUGUCUGGUGUUAUGUGCUCCAGUACUUGCUUGUUAGUCACCUUUGCUGUCCAAGGAAUACGCAAGAGCCUUCUCCAUCACCAUAACUCAAACAGAUUUUCAUCCUGUCUUGCUUUUUUUUAAGGUGCAAAUUUCAUAACCAUAGGAAGUGAUGGGAAACACAAUGAAUUAACCUACAUUUGAUUGCCAGGCUGAUGUCUUGCUUUUCCAUAUUUGACUCAUGUUCAUCAUUGCUGUGUUACUUUAUAUUUCCCCUAAAAGUAGCAAUUGCAAUAGAAACGACCACUGUUCCUAUUCAUUUAUCUGGGUUUUUUUUCUUCCUCUUUUUGUGAAGAUCUUCCUAAUCACUCUCUCCUCUUUGGAUAAAAAGACUGUCAAGACUGGUGCCUUUAGGGUUGUCCAAGGCAAUGAAUAGACAAAAAUAAUUUUUGCUACUGUGAUCACCCAGCAAGUGGGUAACCUCUGUUUACUUGCACAUGUGUUCUUCAUCUGGUGCAGCAGGACUCAGUGAGGUGAGUAUUACGACCAGAAGGCCCAUGAGAAAACAAAAGUCCUUCCUUCCAAUCUUUGCCGUUGCUAUUCCCUGUCAUUUAAGGCAGAGCCAUUCCUUAAUGUAUUUGAGCCCAAUUUGUUCUGGGUUUUAGUCCUGCCAAAUGGCCCCGUCAGCAUUCUUAUCUCCUGGGAGCUUCUAGGGGGCUCCCCUCGUUUUCAGUGUAAAAGUGCUCGACUUUACAAGAUGCCCAAGCACUCGGCGCACAGGUGGCCUCAAUCGGCGACGUCUGCUUCUAAAUUCCCUUGGCCCUAGGAGAAGGGGAUGGCGGGGGGCUCCUUCUCCAUUCUUUCCGUGGAUCUCUCUCUCUUCGUCGGGACUAACCCGCUCCGCCCCGCUCUGGGGAUCAGGUGACAGCUGAGCCUGGAAUUUGACACCAGACUCAGCUAGGCGCUGAGAUGGAGCCGGUCCUUUUCUCCCUCCCAGAGGCCGCUUGGGCUGGAGUUCUGCCGGUCACGAGUCCGAGUCCCGCAGGCUGCGCUGCCCCUUGGCGGAUUUCCUUGCUGCGCGGGUUGAGCGCGGACCGGGUUGGAUGGGAGUCCGUGGAUCGGGGCCGCCUUGCCGCUUCUGUCCGGGACCUCAGCCUCUUUAACCCGAACUUUCCCCACAGGAGGGCGCUGAGCGCGCCGGGCACCUCCUGGCCAUGCUAGCGACGUGAAGGUCGGCUACUUAGUGGAACGAUCCCGGGAAAACCGGGCCAUGGCCCCAGGGGCCGGCUGAACGCAGGAGCUGCCGUGGAGCUGCCGUCGCCGGGAGGUAAGGGAACGAGCGGGCCGGCGGUGAGUCCCUAGCGGGGAAACGUGUUGGGUGUGCGUGCCUGCGCGCCUGCCCCUAUUCCGGGCUCCGUCCCAAAUCGGGGAGAAGCGAAAUCUCUGUCCGCCUGAAAGAGUUCAGGGUCCUCCUCCGUAGCUGUUCUGGCGAGGACACAUCCCGCGCUCGCUAACCUGGCCCACGGCGACUGUAUCUCUCCGGUACAGGGAGCGAAUUCGAUGCCCUGGAAGGGCCGGUACCCAGAAGGAGGCGCUUCACGGCCCGGAUUCUCGGAGCAUGGUCCCCGGAGAGCCGCGCGCAGCAGAAGGCGCCCGAUCUGUCGAGACGGAGCGCACGGUGAGUGGGGCGGGCUUGGAAAAGUGCGUGAGCGCCUUCCAAACCGGCGAAAGGGAGGGGGGUUGUUGGGGGAGGAGAGAUCGGGGCAACUGAGGGUGGCGGGCGAAUGUAUUUGUGUAAGCAGAUCUACUUUGGAAGCUCUUCGGGUGUAGGGAGGAGCAACGUUGUUGCCUCCCACAGAUGUGUGCUUAAAAGCGCAUUUAUUCUCCAGAGAGUGGCUCAGAACCCCUGCUCACUCUCCCGGUUGCCUCGGUCCCAAGCUUCUUACUCCGAUCCGGUCUGCCUCGUGGCUUCCAAAAGUCCUAGUUGUCCAGGCAGGGAAGCAGGGAAUCAACGGUGGGGAGUGGGGAGGUCUGAUGGGUGGCUGGAAAGAGGUGCAGUCUGUGUGAAAAAGGUUCACGAUAUUGUCCUUGAUCCCAACUCAUGGGUGGCCUUUUCCUUUCCUGAUGCCCAGGAAGCUGCUCAACAGUCUUAUUUCUGGGACUUCUGUUGAGGCUUUCAGCCCAGAUCAAUCAAGCUGGACUAUAUCUAAUUGUCCUUUGUGCUCUACCAAGAUCCAAAAGAGUGUCUUACAUCAAAAUCCAAGUGGAACUUGAGGCAACUUAUUGGUAAACUGCUUUGAAGUCACUCAGAAAUAGCCAUUCAGACUGUCGGCAGUUGACAAGUAUGUUCUUCUUUAUUAUCCAUUGUCUGACCUGUUUGCUGAAUUGCUUGUGGAAAAAAAAGAGGUUUUGGCCGCUUACACUGUUUGAUUUUUACAAAACCUACUCUAUAAACAUUUUUCAUUUAUAAAUACAGUGAAAUAACCAGUUAAUGACACAAAUUACAGCGAUGGAACAAGAGCGAUUUGACAUUGACUUUGCAUGUGUUAGCAUGCCAAGUGUCAACUUUUAGGAAUGAACCUAAGGGGUUAUUUAGGUCUUUCCAGUCAGGUUUGCAGCAAACUCUUCAAUGAAUAGGCCCAGCUAUUUCUGCAUGUUGCUUUUCUCUCAUAUAUCCCUGGUUCCAACUUUUUUUGUCAAUUCAGUUUCAGAUCUUGCCAUAAUGCAUAUAAGUGAAAUUAAGGCGUAGCAGCUUUGCCAUAACACUAGAAGAAGGCAUAGAUUUCUCACUCAAAGGUCUUGGGAAAGGAAAAGUGUCAUUAUCCAAAACAUCUGAACUUAUUGCUGGAAGCUGAUGACUUCUGUAUCGAUUUACGAGAUGUGGAAGCCAAUGUCAGCAAUGUAUUCAUUUUUGUAUACAUUGCUGGGAUUGAAAACAACAAAACUUUCUUUUAUCAUUUCUGAAUGGCAGAUAAAAGAAACCUGAUUGUGGCCCUAUAUGAAAGGUGAAAGAGGAAAAAUUAAAUGGACCAUAUUUACUGGGUGUUUCUGAAAAUAUUUUACUUUCCUUGCACAGUUCCUGGCAGACUCCAAGAAAGACCAAAACAAUUUAGAAGGGGUAGGAGUGCUUGUUCUUCAGAAAGUGGCUUUAUCUGUCUUCUUCUUGUGCCAUAUCUGUCAUCAGACGUUAGCGAUCAUGUUGGAGAUCCUAUUUUUAUCAACAGUUUCAAAAGUGCUAUUGAGUUUUGUCCAAACCAGUCCCUUAGAUUUUAAAGCCAUGAUAUUCUUCUUCUGCCUGGAUCUCGUUUGCUUCAAUCUUUCCUUGAAGGAUUAAGUGAAGUAUGCCAUAUUUUUGGGGGUGUCGCAUCAUAUGUCCAAAAUAUUCUAACUGUCCUUUUUUAUGGUUUUAUUUCUCUUGGCUUUCCCAGGCAGCUUAUCACCACCUCAUUUCUGAUUUUGUCAACCCAACUUAUAUAUAACAACAGCCUGUUAAGUCACAUUUCAAAUGCUUCUAGUCUCUUCAAGUGACUUUCUGUCAGAGACCAAUUCUCCACUCCUUAGGGCAGCAGAGAAAAGAUGUAACAUCUGACAAGCCUGAUUUUCAAUCUUAGGCUUGUGUUGUGACUGCAGAAGACCUUUUUCAUUUUGAAGAAUGCUGUUUGAGCUUUCUCUAUCCUUGUUUUUACUUUAAUGGCCAUGUUCCAGCUUUAUCUGUAGCUCUCUUCAAAAACUUAUAAAGACAUUCCAAACCGUUAAUGUGUGUCUGCAAUAAAAGAGAAUAUAUGCAGUUCAAGGUUGAACUGUUGGGUUCUUGAUGCUCUCUGAAGGAAUUUGGACUCCUCUGUAUUCUUUUCUGAAAAGUCAGGUCCAGGAACUCUGUCAGUCCUUGGGAAAUAGUGAGAAGGAACUUUUCCUGUAUGGCCAAAGAAAGCGGUAGGGGGAAAAAACUGGUUCUGUGUUGCCACCUUGUGGGAGAAAAAUACAAACCUACAAACUCAAGAUAGGAUCCCAAAUAUCUGAUCCGAUACUCCCAAAAGUCUGAACAAGAAUACCAUUGGUGAGGGAUCUUGGGAGUGAUUGUUCAGGAGGCUUCCCAGCCCUGCACUGUAGGAAAAGAAAUCUUGUCCAGCUAGAGGCACAUCUCUGCUUGCCCAAGGUGUCUAAAAUUAAACCAGGAUGUGACACAAAGGUUGAGCAUUUUUUGUUAGUUCCAGCUAUUACUAAAGACUCUUUGGAAAACUGAAAGGAGAGAUGGAGAGUUCACAAAGAGUUGCUCUUUGUAAUUGCGCGUCAGAAGAUGGUGUGAGGGCAGGAGGAUUCCACCUUAGGUUCCUAGUGCUUCAUUCAACAUGGCAGUGCCAAUAGCAUGAUUCAUUUUUAAUAGGCAGCUGGAAAGGGUCUGAUAGAAACAGUGUAAACAUAUAAAAAUAUCCAUGAGUAUUGAGUGGAUAAAAAUAGCUGACAGUAAAAACUAAAAGAUUAGAUUACAAUACAGUUAUACACAAAAAUGUGUUGAGUGGUGAUGAAUCAGAUUUAUUUCUUUGAUUGGCAUAUUUUUGUAUGUAAUUAUAUUUAUCCCAUUUCUGUAUGUCCAUUGUGGGAUAAAAAGAUAGAUCUAAAACAAUUAAAUUGCUUAAAGACAUUCCAAUGAGUUCAAGGUCUGCACCAGGCUUGGCUUUUCAAAAGUAAGGUGAUCCAAGGGCUAUUUUGAUGGAGUAUCAGGAGUUUUAAUGAAUGCAAUGGAUUAUUUAAAUAUUUGCAGGUCUUAGGGUUCCCAUUUUGCCCAUAAAAAAUCCCCAAAAUGAAAAAGUUCACCUACUUUGGGCAUUCUGAGGGCAAUAAAAGGAACCACUGGUGAUGUUGCUCCAAGAAAUCUGUUCUUUGCACCCUUAGUUUAUACUCCAAAAUUCUUUCAGAUGAAAGGUAGAUAGAACUGUUUUUAAGGAAAGUGGGCUGCUGAGAUCAUCCACACCACAAUAGUUCCCCAUCUGGAAAAUUUUAAUGUAAGACUUUUCUAUGAGCAUAUUCUGUUCCAAGUCUAGGUGAAGCACUUUUAAAUAUAUAAAUAUUAAUAGGUGUUCUGUCAUGAGUGUAAACCUGACAGAUGCUUCAGAGGUUACUGUUCUCCAAUACAGGGAGGUUCUAUGAUUAUUUCACGAAAUAUUUAUGGAUGCAGUUGGGAAUAACAUGAUACAAUGAACAAUAAUGUUUGUAUUCUGUUGCAAAAUUUGUUUAAUUUGGUAUUGCUAUUCUUAGCUAACAUUAGAGGAUUUGCUUUUUAAAAAUUUACUGGCACUUAUAGAUACAUUAGGAUGGAAUCAUGGAAAUAUCCAUAUAACAUUCUAUUAAUGAAGCAGACCUAUCGCAAGUAGAUUUAAUUUUAAAAAGUGCAAUAUAUACCUUUGCCAGCCCAGUCAUAAACAAAAAGGUAUCUAAUUAGGAGGUUCUUCAGCACCUUUAUUUAAUUGGAUUGAGACAUUUAUUGAAAGAAUUUUGUAGCCCAGGAAGGACUUCUCAUAGAGGUACAAGAGGCAGGGGCCAUAACUGGACCAGAAGCUUGCAAGAGUGAAAACUAAUCUUCACAUUCAGAGAAAUGGAACUGGGUUCCUGAUCUGUGUCUUUGUAUUUUAGGUAGGAUGGAGUGGAGAGUUGACGGGUCAAAGCACAGAUUAGACAGACCUCCCUCUUCCUGCAGGAGUUUGCCUAUCCAACAAUCACAAUUCAGGGAGCAGGGUUUGUGGGGUACCUUAACUAUACUAUCACUGUUUGCUGGGACAAUCAUGGCAAGUCCAGAGACAUUGGGAUCAGCUUCGGGAAGCCUGGUCUCUGCCAGCUCUGUCUCUAUGGAAAAAAACAGCAUGGAAACACCAUCUCUGGCUGCAUGGAACCACCGGAAAGGGAAAAACAUCACCAUGCGAGACCUGAGCACAUCAGAAUUUCUCAGGGCUGAGCGUUCCCCAUCACGCUCCAGCCAUGCCAGGAAAAAAAACAGAAAGACUGCAAAUGGUCCUUGUAGCUUACAUAGACGCUCAAUCCUCGUGCGGAAUAUGGGGCUUGGCUAUGAAACUGAUGAGGUUGUUUCGUUCAAUUAUUGCAGUGGGACAUGUACCCGCACUAACUAUGACGUAAUCCUGAGUUACCUCACACAGGAAGGUACUAUUGGGCCUAAACGUAAGGAUUUUGUUUCUCAACCUUGCUGCCGACCUACCCAGUAUGAGAACUUCUCUUUCCUGGAUAAGCACCUUGUCUGGCAUACUGUGUUUGACGGUUCAGCAGUCGCAUGUGGUUGUAUGGGCUAAAUAUGCUAUCUGUUCAGAGCUCCCGGGUUUUCUGAAUUGACAUAUCCUUGUUUAUGCUACAGAGAGAUCAUAAAAGAUAGAUAUAAGAGAUAAUAGACAGCCAAUUUGGUCUAGUGGUUAAAGCACCAGGCUAGAAAGUGGGAAAUGGUGAGUUCACGUCCCACCUUAACCACGAAAGCCAGCUGGGUGACUUAGGGCCAAUCACUCUCUCUUAGCCCAACUCACAGGGUUGUUGUUGUGGAGAAAAUAGUAGGAAAGUGUGCUGGAUAUGUUCACUGCCUAUUUGUAAAAAUGAUAAAGGCGGGAUACAAAUAAAUAAAAUAAAAAUAAGCCUGCCCUGCCGGUAAGUGGCUGCAGGAGGAGAAAUAAACUUCACACUAGAGCUUUCCAGUCCAGAUGCGAGGAAUGAAUGGACAAUUAACAGGAGUGAAGUAUAGUAUUGUUGGCCUAAAUCUUGGCUUCUUUAGAGAGUAUUCGCCUCUCAUCAGUGAUGUUAGUUAUAUGGUCAUGUGAAAACAAAACCACACCCUCUGAGUUCUAUUGUUUUAUGUAUCAGGACAUAAUAAAAAUCAUCUGGUCUUUAGCAGUUCUUUAAAAUAAGUAAAUACAACUUCAGAUGAACAACAUAUGACAUAUUACACCAUGUCAUUUUUUUUUUUACAAAAAGCCAAAAUGGAGAAGCCUUGUGUGGAAAACUAAGUACACCUUAUGAUUCAACAGCUUAGCAGCAAUAACUUGAUUAUUAAUAAUUUUCUGUAUGACUUUAUCAGCCUCUCAUAUUGUUAUGAAGAAGUUUGGCCUGCUCUUCUUUAUAAGAUUGUUUCAGUUCAUUGAGCAUUUGUUUACACACAGCUCUCUUGAGGUCCUGACACAGCAUUCAAUUGGGUUGAUGUCUGGACUUUGAUUGGGCCAUUGCAACACAUGGAUUCUUUUCUUUUUAGUCAUUCUAUUGUAGAUUUGCUGGUGUGCUUGGAAUCGUUGUCCAGUUACGUGGCCCAAUGUCGGUCAAGUUUUAACUGUUGGAUAGAUGGUCUCUCAUUUGACUCUAGAAUAAUCUGGUGUACAGAUGAGUUCAUAGUUGAUUCAAUAAUUGCAAGGUGCCCAGGUGUUGUGGCUGCAAAACAAGCCCAAAUCAUCACCCCAUGCUUGAUAGUUAGUAUCAGAGGUUUGUGCUGAUAUACUGUUUGAUGUUCACCAAAUGUGGCACUGUGCAUUAUGGCCAAACAUCUCCAUAUUGGUCUCAUCUAUCCAAAGGACCGUGUUCCAGAAGUUUUGUGAUUUGUUCAGAUGCAACUUUGCAAACCUAAACCAUGCUGCCAUGUUCUUUUUAGAGACAAAAGUCUUUAUCCUGGCAACCCUACCAGAUAAACCAUAUUUGUUCAGUCUUUUUCUAAUUGUACUGUCAUGAAAUGUAACUUUUAACAUGCUAACUGAGGCCUGUAAAUUCUGAGGUGUAACUGUUAGAUUUUUGGUAUUGCAAAAUGUGGGUAUAGCACAGUCUGACCUUGGGGUGAAUUUGCUUGGACAUCCACUUCUGAAAAGAUUGGCAAUUGUCUUGAAUAUUUUCCACUUGUGAAUGAUGGACUUUAAAUUGUUUAAAAAUGGCCUUAUAACUCUUCCCAGGUUGAUGGAGAGCAACAGUUGCUUCUCUAAGAUCAUUGCUGAUGUCUUUCCUUUUUGGCAUUCUGUUAACACAAACCUCAAUACUGGAGACCAGCAAACUCCUAAAACUUUGGCUUUUAUAGAAGUAGUCACACUUGCUGAUGGUCAGUUGAUCAAGGGCACUUAAUUAGCAGCACCUGGCUGCUAUUUAGCCUCUUCAUACCUCUUGAAGCAGUAAGAAUGUACUCAGGGGUGGGCUUCAAAAAUUUUAGUAAGUGGUUUUUUGGCCAGUUGCUGGGUGGAUGUGGUCAUGAUGAGUACAGCCAAGUCGGCCUCCUGCACCAUUGCAGGGGCGGUGUUUUUGCCCUCCCUGGACUCCAGAAGCUUUCUUCAAGCCUCCAGGAGGGCUCUGGAGGCCCUCUGGAGGCCCUCUGGAGGCCAGAAACACCUUCCUGAACUUCCAGUAGGCCCGUUUUUUGCCUUCUCCGAGCCUCCACGCGCACCCUGCACAUACCUGCAUCCGAAACAGGCCACA